AUGGCGCCGGCACGACUCGAAGAGGCGUUGGAAUCUGUCCACCUAGAGCAGACUAGCGACCAACAUGCAUCCGAUCAAAUGAUCAAUGCGGAAGCUUUGGCCGAAUUGGUGGAGCAAGCUGAAAGGCGGAUUCGUGGAAAAGUGGUACGAACACCGGUCGUCAGAUUGCCAUGGUUGGACCGAGAAGAAGGAGAAGGCUUGAAGGUCUGGGCAAAACUGGACUGCCAUCAACACAGCGGAUCGUUCAAAUUCAGAGGGGCCUUGAAUGCUCUGGUCCGCAGCGGGAGCCAGAGAGUCGUCACGGCAUCCGCAGGCAACCAUGCUUUGGCGUUGUGUGCGGCUGCAAGGGCCACCGGAAAGACAGCGCACAUCGUGUUACCUACCGGUGUGUCGGAGAUCAAGGCGAAGAGGAUCAUGGCGGAAGCCGAUCAAGUGAGCUUCAGCGGGAAAGACCUGUUCGAAGCAACGCACACAGCCAAGAAGAUAGCCGCGGCCAGAGGAGAUCAUUACGUGUCACCAUUUGCCGAUGUGGAUGUCGCCGCGGGCGCGGGGAGUAUCAUGAUGGAAUCCACGGCUGACGCGGGGGAAUUCGACGCUGUGGUUGUUCCUCUCGGCGGAGGAGGGCUUGCGGCGGGCGUGGCAGCGUGGUGUGCUGUGCAUUCGCCCCGUACCAAAGUCAUCGUUGCGCACCCAGCGAUAUUUGGGCGCAUAGAGGAUGACCAGUCCAUCUCCGCGGCACUCUCAAGACCUACAAAUCCAACAGUCUGCGACGGACUCGCAGUUCAGUGGGUGGAGGAGAGUCCCUUAGCAGGCGUUCUGGAUGCCCUGAUCAAACACACCAUUGCAGUGUCGGAGGAGCAAGUCAUGGCGGCAGUAGCUGAGGCCUUGCGUUUCCAAUCGCUUCUUCUCGAGGGCUCUGCAGCAGCCAGCAUCGCAGGACUUCAUCAGAUGUCCAGCGGUAUCUCAGGUCGCGUUCUACUCCUCUUCACAGGACAGAAUAUCGCCCCGACAAGUAUUGCUCGGGCGCUGGUCCAGAACAUCGACGAUUCCGACAUGCGACGUCGUGCUGGACUGUCGAAUAUUUUCAAUCCCGCAAACCGCCACAACGGUACCGGCCCUGGAAACCUACUCGAUGCUGCUAAUGGCAGUGUCGGCAAAGACGUUACGACCUCGGAGCAAGAGUCCGGUUUACAAAUCACUCACAGUCUUAUUGAUCGCCUUUUGCAGAAGGUAGAUAAACACGCGGAGAUAGUGGCCCAGCAUCGUGCCUUGGUCGUGCAGCUUGCCUUGAGGCGUGAUCCAUGGUGCGAGAGCAUCGGUGACGACAGUCUCUCCCAAGUUCGCACUCUGGCCAGUGCGCUCAAAACCGACGUCGAACAAGGUCGUGUCUCGGUCUGGGUGGCGGAAGAACGGUACCGCCUGAUCCUCCAGCUCUACUCAACCGCAUGCUCAUUGUUUGAGCGGGCCAGUCCGUCGUAUGAUCAGGCCCUGACGGACUGGUUUGGCGAUGCAGCUCACCAAAACUCAGCCAUGGUCAACUACGAUCGUUACGGGGCAAUCCAGCUCCGCGAUGCCGAGCGCAUGCUCCUAGAUACUCUCAGGCCCAGUGAAAGACAGGAUGUCAACCUCAGCUUGAUGCUGACGUCGAGCGGCAUGGCUGCAUAUCAGGUCUUCCAGCAUUAUCUGAUGCAGCGCCUCCACCAGUCCGACACCGUACUUCUCUCGCCGUAUAUCUACUUCGAGGCGAUGGAGCAACUGCAGUCUUUCGCUCGGGCGGGCAGCUUCCAACUGCAUCAAUGCAGUAGCUACGAUGUGGAGGUGAUCGCUUCCGAGGCCGAGAGUCGGGACGCGCGAGUAGUCUUCUUAGAUCCCGUCGCCAAUGUGGUAGGCCUUCCCAUCAGCGAUAUCAAGCGAUUCGCACAACUUGUAUCCUCUCGUGAAGGGUGGGAGAAGCGGACUGUGGUGAUUGAUGGCACCAUGGUGUCCGGAGGUCUCCGUGUGUUUGACUGGUUUGACGGACCGCAUGCGCCGCAGGUCUUAUACUCGGAGAGUGCGAGCAAAUACACGCAGCUGGGGCUUGAUCUUCAGAUGGCCGGCGUGGUCGUGUUCCGAAGCAACCUGGAGGCGGACAUGUGGAAGAUCCGGCGAGACCUGGGCGCAGUCAUGUAUUCGCGCGGCAUUCACCUGCUGCCGCAGCUGGAUUUCGCCCUCUAUCAGCGUCGCAUGACGCUCGUCAGUGAGAAUGCCAUGACACUGGUUCGUCUGGUGUCGGCGGGCUUCUCGUCCUCGGAAGCGACGAUUGCAUAUCCGCCGUGGAAGGCGUUGGGCUGGCGACACGGCGGGGCGGUGGUAACGAUUGAAUUCACGGAGCAAGGGCUGAACAACCGUGAGGGUUUGGAUGCCUGCAUCGAGCUCGUCCUGUCCAAUGCCAAGAACGAGGGAGUGCCCAUCACCAAAGGUGUCAGCUUCGGCUUCUCAACCUCCCGAAUCUCCGCCAGCUCGUCUAUGGCAGAGGGAUCCGCGCCAUUCCUGCGCGUCUCCGUGGGUGCUGAAAGGUGCCACGUCGCUCCGCUGGCCGUGGCGUUGGAGCGGUCGCUGAGGACGUAUUUGGACGAGUUCUCCAGUUGA